AUGCCUUCCAAGUCUCCUCAAGAAGCACCUUUACCUGACAGGAACCCUGUGCAUGCCGGGACCCCACAGGGAGCAGGAGUGCUUGCCAGGUCUCCACCAGCAGAGGCAGUGCCCGCUGAGCCUCUGAAAGGAGCAACAGUGCCCUCCAGAACCACGAAGACAAGAAAACGGAGGCUUGCUGAGCAUCAGAGCAUUCCUGUCUCUGCCACCCAGGCACUACCCAUGCCCUCCAGGACCUCAAGCGUGGCGCCUGUGGAUUCUGGGAACCUACAGGGAGCACUUGUGACCAUAAGUUCCCCACAACAGGGUGCAAAUCCCAGAAUCACUGAGCAGCAGAGGCAGAAGCGGAGGGAGCAGUGGAGACAGCGGAGGCAGCAGAAAGCAUCAGACAAUGUCGAUGUGUGUGAGCCGCCUCCACAAAAAAAACUGGGUGUGGAAAUCGACAAGGUGCAGCUGAAGCUCAAACUGGGGAACCAUCAAGCCCCACAGCCCAGAUCCCAGCUCACCCUGAAGAUGGAUCAUGCAGCUGUGGGCCGGCAGUCACCUCCAGAAAAAAAGCAGCGCAUGGCAAACAAAAUCAAAGACCAGCAGUUGAGACCAAAAAUCAUGUCAUGA